GUAAACUUACCUGUGUCUGUUUUGUCGCAGGGUCAGAGGCAAAAGGGUCCGCCGCCCCCGCGGUCUCUACAAAGGGGCGCCCCUGUCCAGGAUUCGAUCGGCCUACGGGCAGUGGAGAUAGGGCAGCGCUCGACCCGGUGAGGUGGUGUGUGACCUUCGCCCCUCUGCUGACCUACGGAGGAAACCAUACCUACCCAGAAAGCUGUAAACAGCAGAGCCGUGGCCGCCUGUGGAGAGAAAGGACAACGAGAGUGAACAAUUGGAGAGCAGACUGUGAACGUGAUACCUACCCAGAAAGCUGUACACAGCAGAGCCGGUGAGAAAUACUCGAAGUCCAAGUAACAGUGUCUUUGUGUCUUAGUGGCCGCCUGUGGAGAGAAAAGACAACGAGAGUGAACAAUUGGAGAGCAGACUGUGAACGUGAUACCUACCCAGAAAGCUGUAAACAGCAGAGCCGGUGAGAAAUACUCGAAGUCCAAGUAACAGUGUCUUUGUGUCUUAGUGGCCGCCUGUGGAGAGAAAGGAAAACGAGAGUGAACAAUUGGAGAGCAGACUGUGAACGUGAUACCUACCCAGAGAGCUGUAAACAGCAGAGCCGGUGAGAGAUACUCGAAGUCCAAGUAACAGUGCCUUUGUGUCCUAGUGGCCGCCUGUGGAGAGAAAGGAAAACGAGAGUGAACAAUUGGAGAACGGACUGUGUAAUGUGAUACCUACCCAGAGAGCUGUAAGCAGCAGAGCCGGUGAGAAACACUCAAAGUCCAAGCUAACAGUGCUUUUGUGUCGCAGUGACCAUCUGUGGGGCACAAGGAGAAAGAGGGUGGACGUACGACAGGGAACGUAAAGGCACGCGGGGCGAGGACCCCCUGCCGACCUGAGGAAAGGUACACAGACAGUGGACAAAUCUCCUUACCAGUCACACUGAAAUUAUUCUGCCUCCAGGAAGGAAGAAGGAGGGCGCCACGGUUAGCAGGGUCCAGGCCGAAGCCUGACGUUUCCCUUUCUCCCCCGGCUUAUGGUGGUUGGCACCCCUGUUGCCCUUGCCCUGUCUGCCCGUGGCUGCAGUCUCCCUGGAGGGAGGAGAAGAAACCUAUUAGUUUUAAUUUCCCCUUUCCCCAAUUCCCAGUUCUUUUAAAUAUUUAAACCAAAUAAAGCUUGUUUUAAAUUUUACUUACCUGUUCCCGUGUUUGUCUGGUCAUUGGGUUGGCUUUGGGGACCUCCUCGAGGUGGGAGUUGAAAAGGGGCGUGGCUUUAGUCCAACAUAGCCAGCCCCUGGUGGUGACAGAUUUUGGCGUAGUCGGCAGGGCCCCACCUCGAGUUGAGUAACCAAGGUCACCCAAUGACUGACAACGCGGGGCCUGCAGCCCCACCCCGUGCCACGUCUAUUAUCAUGGGAAGCCCAUGGAUCCAGAAAUAUGGAGGAGCAGAGUCGGAGGUACGACUGACCGAAUGGAAGGCCCAAUUAGAGUACUUGGCCGACUUACAGGGCCUUAGCGCCGCCCAGCGGCUCCAGUUUGUGUUAAACUCCCUAGAGGGAGAAGCACGGCGAGAGGUACAAGCCGCCCCCGAAGCAAUCAGAGCCACUGCCCAGACUGUGUUCCAGUUCCUUACCGAGCAAUAUGGUGACCAUACCCCCGUAGCUGUCCUCCGUUCACAAUUUUUUAAUUGUAAGCAAGGCCCCCGACAACCUAUUAGAGCUUUUGCCCUCAGGCUGCGAGAGCAGUUCACUCGCCUGCAGGCCCGACGAGACCAUGGGCUAGGAGACGGAGAGACCUUGUUGCGCGACCAGUUCCUCCUGGGGAUGAAAGAGGGCCCCGUGAGGCAAAGUCUGAGGGUCCAGUUUCGGAGGGACUCCGGGCUCACCUUUGAAGACCUAAAGAAGGAGGCGCUGGCCUUGGAGGGUGAUGAGGUCGAAGUAAGUGAAACCCCUAUAUGUGCAGUCGUAAGUGGAAACACAGCAGCACCGCCUGAACACGCAGAUUGGAAGCAAGCCCUGAGAGCAGAGUUGUUGAAAGACGUCCGAGAGCAGAUGUCGGAACUCUCUAAGACUCUCCUGGGAGAACUUCGCCAAGAAAGUCUCUCGCAGGAAGUAUUCGGGAAGCAGAGAGUAGAAGGAGGAGAGGCCCCCUGGCUGACGUUGCGGGGCGCCAACGGCCUAGAGAUCCCCUACAUUGGCUACCGGCUGACGGACUUAGAAGUUCACGGGGUGUUAGUCCCCCAGAAGGGGGUGAUCAUCGUGGAAGACAGGUGUUUGGGUGUCCAUAGAGCCCUAUUAGGGAUGAACGUUCUCUCCGAGUGUUGGGAGGAGUUAUUUCGGGCUAAGCCCGGGCCUAGGAUUUCCCCUGUCGAGAGGCCCCUAUGGGAGCGAGUAGUCGCCGACUGUCGUCGGGUCCAGAUGACCCAGGUGAGGGAGGAGAGAGAUGUUAGUUUCCGUCAGGUGUGCCCCACUGUCAUCGAGGUGGCCCUGACACAGAUGGAAGACCCUUCGAACAACGGGGAGAGGGACGUACCGAGGCACCUGGCAGGUAUGCUGGGGCGGGGCAUCGUCCGGGAAAGCAGUAGCCCAUGGGCAGCCCCCAUCGUGCUUGUGCAGAAAAAGUCGGGAGCUUGGAGGUUUUGUGUGGACUAUCGUAAGCUUAACCUGGUGACAAAGAAAGAUGCUUUCCCCCUACCCCGGAUCGAAGACUCCCUUGCCGGUCUCACGCGGUCUGCAUGUAUCGGCCUGGGCGAGAGCACACGAACGCGGAUGUCUUGUCCCGAUUACCAGAGGUAG